AUGAAGUUUGUGGUUUUUGCUCUCUUUGUUGCUGGUGCCUACGGGUGCGGCGUGCCCACCUUCCACCCUGUGGUGACGAGGGUGGUUGGAGGAGAGGAUGUCAGGCCUCACAGCUGGCCAUGGCAGAUUUCCCUGCAGUACAACAGACAGGGCGAGUGGAGACACACCUGUGGAGGUACUCUGAUCUCUGACCAGUGGGUCCUCACUGCUGCUCACUGUAUCAGCAGUGGCAGGGAGUACAGAGUUGCCAUGGGAAAGCACAACCUGAUCCAGACUGAGGAGGGUGUUGUGUUCAUGGGCACCGCUAACAUUGUUGUGCAUGAGAAGUGGAACCCCUUGUUCAUCCGUAAUGACAUCGCCCUGAUCAAGCUGGAGUCCCCUGUUACCUUCUCUGACAGCAUCACGGCUGCUUGUCUCCCUGCUGCCGGCUUCAUCCUCCCCCAUGACGAGCCCUGCUACGUCACUGGAUGGGGUCGCCUCAGCACCGGAGGUCCCAUUGCUGACAUCCUGCAGCAGGCCCUCCUGCCGGUGGUGGACCACGCCACCUGUACCAAGCCUGACUGGUGGGGUUCUCAGGUGAAGGAUACCAUGGUCUGUGCUGGUGGAGAUGGAGUUGUGUCCGGUUGCAACGGUGACUCUGGCGGCCCUCUGAACUGCCAGAAGACUGAUGGUGCCUGGGAGGUUCACGGCAUCGUCAGCUUUGGCUCCGGGCUCAGCUGCAAUUUCCCCAAGAAGCCCACUGUCUUCACCCAAGUCAGCUCCUACAUCGACUGGAUCAGCUCUAAAAUGGUGGCCUAUUGAGCGGGCAGGCUUUUGGGAUCAAAGCCACCAUGUGCACACACAUGAAUAAAAUGUGGAACUGAAAACGAUUUUGUGUUCUUU